CCCUUUCUCUAUCACUGAUUUAUGGGUGAAAUGUUGAUACCCUGAAUUAUUUCUAUUCACACACCCUUCUUCAACCCCUUCCAAACCCUUUUACUUACCAUAAAUCACCACUCACACCUUCCAAGAAUCCUGGGAUCAUCAUCCAUUUCCUCUCUUUUUGCUAAAAAUUCCCAUCAGAUUUUUCUUUUUCUUGCAAAAACCCAGAUUAGGUUUCUAAAAUCAAGUUGCAGAAUCUCAAGAUCUGAUCGAUUUUAAGGUAGGUCCUUUUGGGAUCUAUAACUUCGAUUGUUUUUGGUUCAAGUUUUUGGUCUGUAUUUGACCCCUCCAGCUUUCUGAUAUCCAUUUGGAUUGAAGAUCGAAAAAAGCUUGAAGGGUCAAGUUUUUUUCGACAAAUCAGAAAUCGGAAAAAAAAGGGGUUUGAUUUUGAAUCUGUGAUUAUAUGGGUAACUGUUGUGCUGCACCCUCUACUACUGAUUCUGAGAAGAAAAAGGGGAAAAAUAAGCCAAACCCAUUUUCAUUAGACUAUGGUGGGUCUACUCCAUCUGGAAAUGGUGGAUAUAAGACCACUGUUUUAGAAAACCCAACAGGCCAUGAAAUUGAGAAGACAUAUGUUCUUGGGAAGGAGAUGGGUAGAGGAGAAUUUGGGAUUACUUAUAUGUGUACUGAUAAAUCUACGGGUGAAGUUUUUGCUUGUAAAUCGAUAUCGAAAAAGAAGCUGAGAACUAGAGUGGAUAUUGAGGAUGUGAAAAGGGAAGUUGAGAUUAUGAAACAUAUGCCACCACAUCCUAAUAUUGUGAGCUUGAAGGAUACUUAUGAAGAUGAUAAUGCUGUUCAUUUGGUUAUGGAAUUGUGCGAGGGUGGGGAGUUGUUCGAUCGAAUUGUUGCUAGAGGACAUUACACUGAGAGGGCAGCUGCUGGUGUCACUCGUACCAUCGUUGAGGUUAUUCAGAUGUGCCACAAGCAUGGUGUUAUGCAUCGUGAUCUUAAACCCGAGAACUUCUUGUAUGCAAACAAGAAAGAAACUGCAGCCUUGAAAGCUAUUGACUUUGGGUUAUCGGUUUUUUUCAAACCAGGGGAAAGAUUCAACGAAAUUGUAGGUAGCCCAUACUACAUGGCUCCUGAAGUCCUGAAACGAAACUAUGGUCCUGAGGUGGAUGUGUGGAGUGCUGGAGUAAUUUUAUACAUAUUGCUUUGUGGUGUUCCCCCUUUCUGGGCAGAAACGGAACAAGGCGUUGCACAGGCAAUCAUUCGAUCUGUUGUAGAUUUCAAGAGGGAUCCUUGGCCCAAAGUAUCCGAUGCUGCAAAGGACCUUGUCAAGAAGAUGCUCAAUCCUGACCCAAAAUUACGCCUUACUGCUCAGGAAGUUCUAGAUCAUCCGUGGAUUCAGAACGCCAAAAAGGCUCCAAAUGUUUCUUUAGGUGAAACUGUUAAAGCAAGACUCAAGCAAUUCUCUGUCAUGAACAAGCUUAAAAAGAGGGCUCUAAGGGUAAUUGCGGAACAUUUGUCUGCAGAGGAAGUGGCUGGCAUAAAGCAAGGUUUCGAUUUGAUGGACACAAGCAAGCAAGGGAAGAUAAAUAUUGUUGAGUUGAAAGCUGGCUUGCAGAAGCUCGGACAUCAGAUUGCUGAUGCAGAUCUUCAAAUACUUAUGGAAGCGGGUGAUGUUGACAAAGAUGGAUACUUGAACUACGGUGAAUUUGUUGCAAUAUCAGUUCACUUGAGAAAGAUGGGCAACGAUGAUCAUCUUAAAGAUGCUUUUGCAUUCUUUGAUAAAAACCAAAGUGGGUAUAUAGAGGUUGAAGAGCUAAGGGAAGCCUUAGCCGAUGAAGAUGAAGCCAACAACGAAGAAGUCAUUUCCGCCAUCAUUCAUGAUGUCGACACCGAUAAGGACGGAAGGAUUAGUUUUGAGGAAUUCACAGCGAUGAUGAAGGCAGGAACAGAUUGGAGAAAAGCAUCACGACAGUAUUCGAGAGAGAGAUACAAUAACUUGAGCUUGAAGUUGUUCCAAGAUGGAUCGAUGGAUUUAGCGAACGAAGCAAGAUGACCAACAAGAAAAUUAUAUUGUCAAAAGAAUGAAGUUUCUUGAAAUACUUUGUUUUUUGGUUUUGACAGAAGGGAUUUGGUUGUGGUGAAGGGAUUGAUUGUGGUUGUAAAUAUGGAUAUGUUCACAUAACAUAUCCUUGACCUUGAGGCCUGAGGGCCAGCAUCCCUUUGUUUCAACUCCUCAUUUAGUUUCUUUAGGGAAUUGGAUCCUGUAAAGCAUGCUAACUAAUAACAAGUGUUUAUCUUCUUUUUAAUUGUAUUUUGUAACGAUGUCGAUCUUCUUACCUGCUAAAGUUGUUGGUCGGAUUCUUGUUUUGUA